UUCCGGACUGAAGAGGAAGUGCUGCAGUGACGUCACCGGCGUGUUUGGGAGAAGGCCGGAGGAAGAUGGCGGGGUCCAAGGUGAAGCAGGACAUGCCUCCUGCGGGAGGAUAUGCUCCGUUUGAUUACAAGAGGAAUCUGCCUAAACGAGGACUGUCUGGAUAUAGCAUGUUUGGCAUUGGCAUAGGCAUCAUGGUGUUUGGCUAUUGGAGGCUUUUUAGCUGGAACAGAGAGAGAAGGCGCUUACAAAUCGAGGAGAUGGAAGCCAGGAUCGCUCUGAUGCCCCUGAUGCAGGCAGAGACCGACCGAAGAACCUUGCGGAUGCUGAGGGAAAAUCUAGAAGAGGAGGCGAUUCUCAUGAAGGACGUUCCUGGCUGGAAGGUAAAAAAAAAAGUUGUGAUCUCUCAUUUUUGGGACUCAACUUUAACAUCAUCAUAUACUAAUGAUCAAUAACCUUUAGUUGUCAUA